CGGGUCGCCUAAUCUGACGAAACACAGGACGAGGAACUGUUCGGUCUACACUUCCCAGGAUUACCCGCGGCAUGUGGAAGCUUCCGGGUCGGUGACGUCGGCAGGCAGUACGUGUUCUGGGUUGUGUUACCGGAAGCUGCUGAGGAUUCGGGGUACAUAGGCUUUAUGUAAGACCAUCAAUUCACAGCACGAAAUGCUGCCCACCACGUCUGUGAAUUCCCGGGCACAGAGCAAUGGCACCCUAGGUCCUCGGGAUGCAGCAAGACACACUGCUGGGGCCAAGAGGUAUAAGUAUCUCCGGAGAAUCUUUCACUUCAGGCAUAUGGACUUUGAAUUUGCCAUCUGGCAGAUGCUCUAUCUUUUUACCUCACCUCAGAAAGUCUACAGAAAUUUCCAGUACAGGAAACAAACCAAAGAUCAGUGGGCAAGAGAUGAUCCAGCGUUCUUGGUCCUGUUAAGCAUAUGGCUGUGUGUCUCCACUAUUAUGUUUGGAGUUGUUCUACACAUGGGAUUUUUCGAGAUGCUCAAGCUUCUUCUUUGGAUUGUCUUUAUAGACUGUGUCGGUGUUGGCUUACUUUUUGCAACCCUUAUGUGGUUCAUUUCUAACAAAUACAUGAUAAAACAUCAAGGAAGAGACUGUGAUGUGGAAUGGGGCUAUGCAAUGGAUGUGCACUUGAAUGCAUUUUACCCGCUUCUGGUUAUCCUGCAUUUUAUUCAGUUGUUUUUUAUUAAAGUUGUCAUUUCAGAUUAUUUCAUUGGAUACCUUGUGGGGAACACAUUUUGGCUGAUUGCGAUUGGGUACUACAUCUAUAUUACAUUCCUUGGAUAUAGUGCGCUGCCAUUUUUGAAAAACACAGUGAUUCUUCUUUACCCCUUUGCAGCCCUGAUACUGCUCUAUGUCUUGUCAUUGUCCUUGGGAUGGAACUUCACGCGAAUGCUUUCUGACUUCUACAAAUUCAGAGUAAACUAAAUCCAUUUGGAGGUCUGCAUUGUUUAAAUAUGUUAAUUUGUAUAAAUUGUAAAUAUCCUUUUUCUUGUAGAAUACGGUAUGGGUAAAGACUGAUUUAACAAAA